UUCGUAGCCAUAGCGACCGCGAAAUAUGGCCGCUCGAUUAAGAGUUUGUUGCGAAUGACAGCUACGCAAGAAGAUAAUCAAGUACAUGAAAGCUCAGGAAUCUACGCAUUUUGCUCUUAGAUUCGAAGAACAUGCGACGUUGUCAUUCGACGGCGGCGUUUAAAUAUGUACCGAUUAUAAUGCUGGGAUCCACAACGUAAGAACACGAGUGGUAUAAAAAUUUUUAAACAUUACGUAAGUGAAAACAUGAAUCGAUAUAUAACCUUGAAUCAAUUGGGCGAUGGAACCUUCGGUUCCGUUGUUCUCGGAGAACGCAUUGAUACAGGCGAGAAGGUAGCUAUAAAGAGAAUGAAGAGAAAAUAUUAUUCUUGGGAGGAAGCUAUGAAUCUGCGGGAAGUAAAGUCAUUGAAAAAACUUAGUCAUGCAAACGUGGUAAAGCUUAAAGAAGUUAUACGAGAGAACGACGUGUUAUAUUUCGUAUUUGAAUACAUGAAGGAAAAUCUCUACCAAUUAAUGAAAGACAGGGACAAACUCUUUCCCGAACCAGUAAUAAGGAAUAUGGUGUACCAAGUAUUGCAAGGUCUUGCUUUCAUGCAUAAACAUGGUUUCUUUCAUCGCGACAUGAAGCCAGAAAAUUUAUUAUGCAUGGGACCCGAAUUAGUAAAGAUUGCUGAUUUUGGGCUAGCGAGAGAGAUUCGAUCGAGACCUCCGUAUACGGACUACGUAUCAACGAGAUGGUAUCGAGCACCAGAAGUAUUACUACACUCUACAACUUACAACAGCCCGAUCGACAUUUGGGCGGUCGGCUGCAUAAUGGCCGAGUUGUACACGUUUAGACCCUUGUUUCCCGGGAAGAGCGAGAUCGAUGAAAUAUUUAAAAUAUGCUCCGUAAUCGGGACACCUGAUAAAGAGGAUUGGCCGGAGGGAUACCAAUUGGCCGCGGCUAUGAAUUUUAAAUUUCCGAAUUUUACGCGCACCUCCUUAGGAGUAUUAAUACCGAACGCUAGUCAAGAAGCAGUCAUACUCAUGGAAGAUAUGUUACAAUGGAAUCCUAUAAAGAGACCAACAGCGCAGCAAUCGCUUAGGUAUCCAUAUUUUCAAGUCGGCGAUCCGCGUAUCAUUAAUAGUAAAAAAAUUGGUGUCGUAUCUCAACGAGAACUCGCCAUGAACAAAAUAAAUCUUCCACCACCUGCGCCUAAACAAUACAAUUAUUCUCAGGAAGACCUUGUUAACAACGUGGUUCAAUCCAGAGCACCCGAAAAAAUGGUUGAAUUGCAGCAGCAGAUUGCUUUGCCAUUAUUAAAUCAUAAUAAUCACAAUAGUCUCAAGCAUGAUAGCAACGCUUCCAAAGGCGAUGAGGACGAUUUUGCCGAACUUUUAGGAAGCAAAGUUGUCCCGGAGAACUCGAGCGCGAUGCUCAUCCCCGAUCGCGUAUAUAAGGAAAAUCGUGUGAAUUGGAAUGCCAAUUAUCAACAAUCCGAUAAUUUGAAGCAUGGCAAUGCUAAUUGGACUCUACCAACGUGGAACGAACCGCCGUCGAGAAUGUGGAAUCAAUCAAACCAGUCCAAUCAGAUGAAAAACUCACGUAAAGUCUCGGCGAAGCAACACUACCUCAGCGUGGCUCGGUAUGUCGCAGGCCAGAGCACAAAUUUGCCAUCCAGAAAUGGAGAUUCCGAUAUCAACCGAUCGAAACUGCUAUUAAAUGGAUUCAUCGGUCAGGCAACAUCCAACAAAUAUGAGGACUUUACAGACUCCUUUUGGGGAUCUAAAAAUAGUAUUGAGAAUCAAACAAGGCAGCAUUAUCUCGCACGAAACCGUUAUAUUGCCGAACAAAGCUUGAGAUUACCUUAUCCCAGCGUGUACGGUACUCAAAAUAUUAAACCUACCAAUAAGCCUACGUUUCAACCGAACUUGUUUGGAAAUGUUUUCAACACGAAAGCCAGUGGCGGACCUUAUGGCCGAACGGAUUGGGCAGCUAAAUACCUCAAAUAAUCAUUGUAGAAAGAUUUGUUUUUUCCCUCUUUCCAUGUUGAGAAUUUAUUAUAGUGGUCUUUUUUCUAAGCGAAUUUUAACUGUGAUAGAACGACCGUUGUCGUUCCAUUGUGGUAGGACGCGGGUAAGCAAAAUAUAUGCGUCCCCUUUCCUGUGUUGCGAUUUUAUUAAAUGAAAUCGCUUAUAUUAAACAGCGAUGAGACAAGAGCGAAAUAUAUAGAACCGCAUCCUACACAAACACACAUGUACAUAUAUAGGUAUAUAUAUAUAUAUAUAUAUAUUUUAUCACUUAU